GGAUUAACCAAUCCAUAAAUAUAUCAAUUUUUUCACCACAAAAAUCCCUUAAAACCCCAAUAAAACAUUUGGAAUAAUUCCCAAAAACACAACAAUGGCUUCAAUGACAAGUCAUAUACAUAUGUUAUGUAACAACAAUCUCAUGUCAAAAACAUCAUGCACAACUUUGAAAAAUAAUGUUACUAGGGACAUGGUCUCAUUUAAUUUCACGAACAUGGUCCGGUCUAGUAGUACGAUGAAGUUGAAGAAAAGUUUAGCCACUCGGGCUAUAAUGCAAGUCGAUAAAGUGGUCGAGGUAACGAAAAAUGAUGAUAGAUGUAUGGGUUUGGAUGUUGUGGUGGAAGCUGAGUUGAUGGAUAAAGGUUUUUUGGGGUUACGAAAGACUAAGUUGGUUUGUACGGUUGGGCCAGCUUGUUGUUCGGAUGAAGCGUUGGAGAAACUGGCAUUGGGUGGGAUGAAUGUAGCUAGGCUUAAUAUGUGUCAUAAUACGAAAGAGUGGCAUCAAGAUGUUAUUAGGAAAAUUAAGAAGUUGAAUAGUGAAAAGGGCUUUUGUGUUUCGAUUAUGAUUGAUACUGAAGGUAGUCAGAUUCAUGUUGCUGAUCAUGGUGCCCCUUCAUCUGUUAAAGCUGAGGAUGGAUCAAUAUGGUUCUUCACCACUGAACAAUUUGAGGGAUGUCGUCCAUUCACGGUUCAAGCAAGCUAUGAAGGAUUUUCUGAAGGUUGUCUAGAUGGAAUCAAAGAGGGUGAUGAACUAGUGGUAGAUGGAGGAAUGGCGACGUUUGAAGUCAUUGAAAGGGUCGGGAAUGACUUACGUUGCAAGUGUAUCGAUUCUGGUUUACUUCUGCCUCGAGCUAAAAUUAGCUUUUGGAGAGACGGAAAACUUGUUGACAAACAUCAUGAGCUCCCAACCUUAUCAACAAAGGAUUGGUCAGAUAUCGAAUUUGGAAUAUCCCAAAGCGUAGAUUUCAUUGCCAUGUCAUUUGUUAACGACGCUGAUGCUAUCAAGCAUUUAAAGAAUUACCUAUCUACUAAAAAUAAAUUUAUUAAGGUUUUGGCUAAGAUUGAGACUUUGGAAUCUCUCCAAAAGCUUGAAGAGAUCGUGGAAGCAUCUGAUGGAAUAAUGGUGGCAAGAGGCGAUCUUGGAGUUGAAAUUCCACUCGAGCAGAUUCCAACUGUGCAGGAGGAUAUUAUUAAUCUGUGUAGGCAGCUCAAUAAGCCUGUGAUUAUAGCUUCACAGCUAUUGGAGUCUAUGAUUGAAUAUCCUACUCCAACACGAGCUGAGGUUGCAGAUGUUUCUGAAGCGGUUAGACAAUAUGCUGAUGCCCUGAUGCUAUCUGGCGAGUCGGCAAUUGGAUCUUUUGGAGAGAAGGCUCUGUGUGUGUUAAGAAUGGCUAGUAACCGAAUGGAACUCUGGAGCCGUGAGGAGAAUCAACGACCGUCCAUUCCUCAACAUGAAAUUGGAGUCUCAUUGCCUGAUCAGGUUGCUGAGCAUAUCUGCAACUGUGCUAGCCAAAUGGCAAAUAACCUAGGCGUGGAUGCAGUGUUUGUGUACACUAGGCAUGGGCAGAUGGCAUCACUGCUGUCACGCAACCGACCAAACCCUCCUAUAUUUGCAUUCACCAACGAGAAAAGCACACAAAUGGCUCUCAAUUUGCAGUGGGGUGUCAUUCCCAUUUUGGCCGACUUAUCAGAUGACAUGGAGACCAACAUUGCCAAAACAACUGAACUUAUUAAAGCAAAAGGGAUGCUGAAAAAGGGUGACGCGGUUCUAAUAGUUUCAGAUGUUAUCCCAACCCGCUCGUCUCCAACCAUUUACCAAUCACUCCAAGUCAAGAUUAUAUCUUGAAAUGUUACCAUUUACCAAUCCCAAUUGAUGUUAAUACAUCUUUCCUUGUUUACUAGAUGAUAUUUAAGUUUUUGCUUGCCCUUUGUUUGUACACAUAUGUGGAAGUUUAUUUAGUUAUUAAUUACCUCAGGACUCAGGUGCUUUGACUACGUUGAUUAACUACGAGUAUUAUUUAAA